ACACACACACACCGUUUGUCAUGUCUCUGUUUCCAAAAUACUUUAAUCUAGUUCACUUUAAUACAAUUAAAAAGGAACUGCCGCGUGUCUCCUCACUGUGGAAGAAGUUGAUUCAUCAUCCUAUUUAUGCUGCGUUCAAGCGCUCCUCGGAUUGUUAAAGUUUCCUUUUUGGAAAGUGGUUCUUACAGCUUCAAUACGUUGUUGACAGACUGUAAAUAAAUUGUUAAACUCGAGAAGAAACAUGGCAAUUCAAGAGAAAUAUGUUGUACUCUAAGUCAUCAUAACAAUGCUUAUAAAAAAAAUAACAAGAUGUUACUUAUGACAAUUGAGCUAAAGACGAAUUUCGCACCUGAAUGUCCUUUUUCCGAUUUUUCCGAUACUACGUGAACGCAUUGCGAGAGCUCUUAUGUUGCGCUUCCAGUGGUGCGUUCAGGUUCAUGUUUGCUGCUCGGUGCUGCAAUGGGGCCGAGAAAAAGGUCACAGCGAGUUUUGCAGCAUGAACUGGAAGAUUUGGUUGUCAAACAUGUUCGGAUUGAAGACUCCGGCUGGACAGGUGUGAACGAGCGCACCUUCCUCGCCGUGAAACCGGAUGGCGUGCAGCGGAGACUUGUGGGAGAGAUCGUGCGUCGCUUCGAGAGGAAAGGCUUCAAACUGGUGGGACUCAAACUUGUGCAGGCCUCGGAGGAUCUUCUUAAAGAACAUUACUGGAGCCUGAGGAGUAAACCGUUCUUCACAGGACUCAUUAACUACAUGAAGUCUGGACCUGUCGUAGCGAUGGUGUGGGAGGGGCUUGACGUGGUGAAAACGGCGCGUAAGAUGUUGGGAGAGACGAACCCGGCGGACUCGCUACCCGGAACCAUCCGAGGAGAUUUCUGUGUGGAGGUGGGCAGGAACGUGAUCCAUGGCAGUGACUCGGUGGAGAGCGCUCAGAGAGAGAUCUCUCUGUGGUUUCAUCAGAACGAGCUGCAGUGCUGGGAGGACGAGAGCAGACACUGGAUCUACGACUAACGUCUGCCUGACCUGAAGGUUCUCCGUCCUCUCGCUGCACAAAACCAGGGUUUAGUUUGAGGUCGGUGUGAGAUGAAUUUACUUUAACCUUUGAGGAGGCGCUAUGCUGUCUUGCUAGAUCUCUCACUGCUUUCUUUUCUAUUCAUAUUGUUUCUAAUGUGUCUGAACUUCAUUUCAGAGGUUGAAUAACUUUACAAAGCAAACAUGCUCUGAGGGAGCAGACGAUAAAGGCUUUAUAUGUGAUCUUUUGAUCCAGCAGAUGUCGCCCUUGAGCACCAGCAUGAAACCAAAACAACUUGCGGUGCAU